AUACAGUUUUUGUUCUGCUGCUUAGAAACAGUGUGUCCAACAACAGAGUAACACAACAAUGACUUGAGCAGCUUCAACAAGCAGGGUUAUACGUUUUUUUGUUACAUUUCUUUCAGCCAACCCCCUUUUUUUGAUUAUUGUUGAAAUUAUCAUUUCAAAAUGUCCACUCCUCUUGGAUUUACAAACUUUUGGAUGUGCUUUGAAAUUGUUACAAUUGCCUGCAUGAUAGCUUCCCGUAAAACAGGUGGAACAUGUCACAGACUAAAGAGUUAGCUGUCCAGGCUUUAACCUUUACUUUACCUCAGACUGUUGCUUGGUAAUGCACAUAAAGGACAUGGGCAUGCUUAUAAACUCCUUGACUUUUCCUUAAGGGGAAAGGAAAAGACAACAUCUUAAAACCUUGUUGCAAACAAAAGUAUUACCAUAUUAACGAAAUUGUACAUUUUCAGUGCAUUUAUUAUUUCCUGAAAUUCAUAAGAUAAUUGAUUUUAGUAAAAACAACUUCAGUUCAUCGUGCCCUAAUGGCCCUUCAUAAUCCAUAUCACUGGGCUAUGCCAGCAAAAUCCAGGGUAAAGUAGCAGCCACUAGUGCCAGUAUAGUAAAUGCUGACAGUAAAACGAGCAGGCAUCGCGCAGUUGUGCAAAUCCUUCGCCUUCGCCUGCGCCGGGGUUGAACCACAGUCAUCACAACGCUGAGCGCAUCGUAUUCGGCCAUGGGUCGCCCUUGAGCGCUUAUGAUAAAGAUCUGAGAUGCGGUAUGGCUGGGGCUGAUCAACCUCUGUCGACGGAAUCGAUCAGACACUCCCUUAAAGCAGCGAGCAAUCCGGUUAACGUCUCCCGGUAAAGUGUCCCUGGAGUCGCCCCGCGCGCGCUGGACCUGUCUCGGAGGCGGAGGGAGAGGUACCUCGAGGGUCUGCCCUUCACCUGGAUCCUUGUCCGUCGUGACGGCCACGGGCGCUUCCUGUUGUUUCCUGAUGAAUGGUGCCCUGACAUGGAAAAAGAGAUGAUUCCCAAAUUUACGUCAAAGGAUGACGAAGUUGAUUACUGGAAGUCCCAAGCCCUCAAAUAUAAGAAAAGCUGCUAUGAUGCCCAGGAGGAGCUGCAGGAGUUCCAGGAAGGGAGCCGGGAGCUGGAAGCUGAGUUGGAGGCGCAGCUUUGCCAGGCUGAACACCGCCUUCGAGAUCUCCAAACUGAAAACGAGAGGCUGAAGAACGAGGUGUCCAACCUCAAGGAGAAGCUGGAGCAUCAGUACGCCCAGAGUUAUAAACAGGUUUCUAUGCUAGAGGACGACUUGGGCCAGACACGCAGCAUCAAGGAGCAGCUGCAGAAAUACGUCCGAGAGCUUGAGCAGGCCAACGAUGACCUGGAGAGAGCCAAAAGGGCAACAAUAGUGUCUCUUGAGGACUUCGAGGGCCGUUUAAACCAGGCCAUCGAGAGAAACGCCUUCCUGGAAAGUGAGCUGGACGAGAAGGAGUCUCUUUUAGAAUCCGUGCAGCGACUGAAAGAUGAAGCACGAGACCUGAGACAGGAGCUGGCAGUACGUGAGCGGACCACAGACAGGAUGUCAGCACCUAGCUCACCCACUUUAGACAUCGACAAGAUGGAUUCUGCAGUACAGGCCUCUUUAUCCCUCCCAGCAACACCCGUAGGAAAGAGCAUAGAGCACUCCUUCAUCAGCCCCAAAGCACUGACCAAUGGAUGUGGCAACUCAUCCCUCACGCCUUCUGCUAGAAUCUCAGCUCUUAAUAUUGUUGGCGAUCUCCUGAGGAAAGUUGGGGCUUUGGAGUCCAAAAUCGCCGCCUGCAGAAACUUUGCCAAAGACCAGGCAGCAAGAAAAAAUUACUCCAUAGACAACGACAAACUCAUCAACAGCAAUGCCACGAAGUUCUCUCAUUCUCUACACACCACUUACUUUGACAAAACGACUGUAAAUGGAUUGGACCCCAGCUCCCUGACCGCCAUUGCGACAUCCAGAGCCCUGUCUCCACCAGGCAUGCUGCCUCUGAGAAUGUGAGGUGUCCCAAACCACGUAAACCUCUACUGAAACUCCUAUUCACCCAACUCAAUGUGGGAACCGAGAGGACACUUGAAAGACCAUCACAUUGUGUGCUAGGUGUGUGUGUGUGUGUGUGUGUGUGUGCCCCCCCUGUUUGGGAUUGUGCAUUUUUGAAUGUGAUGUGUGGAAAGAGAGGCUUGACGAUACAAUGGAGCUGCGUCCAGUUUGCAGCGCGAAAUGCAUCUGUGAGUAGGUGCACAGUCAUUUGUGCAUAUGUUCCUACCACAUACUUGCAUGUGCCUAUAGCCGUACUGUACUGUGCUUGUAUGAAUGCCAUUGAAUGAAUGCCGAAGUGGCACCGUUAUAUAUUCUUGGUUCCAUCGUUCGAUGAAAGCUACUAUCCCUGACAAAAGGUCCUCAACAGACCACGGCUUCAUCCUUACCUUCUGUUCCUCCUGUAUUUUCACUAAAAUUGCACAGUUUAACUAUUUUCAAUUUUAGAAUGUAUUCUAUUUAAAAAAGGGAUGUGUUCAUAUGAAUUAAUUUAUCUCACAGUAUGCUUUAAAAUGCAAUAUUUCCUAUUUGCUAUUUUCUUGCAUGUGUGCAUAUGCACUGUGGGGUUGGAGAGGUGUAGCUGCACCCCAUAUGUUCAUGACGGAAGUGAAUGUUGAUCGUUCAAAGCCAUGUAGCCGUGACGCAGUCGUUCCUCUUGUUACUGGCUACUUGCUGUAUUUGGAAGUAGUCUCCGUGUUCGUGGUUGGAAAUAUCAGCUGGUCCUGUCCUCUGAGUUUGAACCUUAAACAAACGGCUCCUCAUCGGCUUUCUGCUGCAGUCGUGUGUUUUCCUCUGUGGACAUCCAUUCACAUUUCGAGGGAACAGUUUUGCCUUUUCCUCCUUUUUUUUUUUUUUUUUUUUUUUGAAUGUUUAAUAUAUAGAUUUUCUUUUUUACUGUUGUGACAGGCUCAUUUACCUCAUUCUGAUAUAAUGGCAACUAUCCACGAUGGAGUUGUUGUAUAGCUACAUUUGGCUUUAUAAAACUUUCACAAAAGGAUAGAAAACAAAACUGAUUGAAGGAUUCUUUUUGAGACUGUAUGUUAACUUUGGCUGGUUUAUGAAUUUAUGGUCCAUUUGUGUCAUGCAGCACAUUUGUUAUUGUGACCCUAAUGUUAAUUUGACUUGAUUCUUUGAUUUUUAGCUGAAUAUUGGCAAUGCAUUCACUUUUGACAUGUCAUAAUUUGGUCUGAAUCCGUUUUGCCCACACAUUUCUCAAUUUCCUAGAUCUUCGUGUCACCAUCUCAAAGCAAAAUUUGAAUUCUUCAGUAUUAUUUUUGUUUAGUAAUAUGAGAUGUCAUUGUGGGCCUGUUACUGACGUGUGUUCUACAGUCGGUGUAUAUAGCUUGUGAGGAUGGUAACUUUGCCUACCGUAUUUGUACAUACUGACAUUUGGCAUUAAGGUUCUAUUUAUUUCAGAUUCUGUAUGGCAUGUUCAGAUAAUGAAUGGUUAAAGCCAUUGUAUUAUAUCAAGUUGUUUGUCCAAAUUGUUUAAGCAAAUAAAGAUUGAGAUUACAAAUAUAUAUAUGGUGUCGUUUGUAAUUAAAGUGAUACAGCACCAUCUCCACUUAUUGGACAUUUUCCAAAGCUUUCACAUCCAUGUUGUGGCUUUCAUCAGUGGAUGGAGUUUGCUCCAUGAAUGGGUAAACAGUACUGGGUCAUUACACGGUCCACAGGAACUAUGGAAGAAUCUCCUGGUUUGUUUAAAUCUUGCGUAUUUUUGUCAUUUAUUCAUAAACCUUAUUUUCUCAAUUUUUCGGUGUUGCUUUCCUCUUAUUCCUAGCGUUGUUUGGCAGACCGCAAGCCCAACUUUUAGAUGCACUACCACCUACCGUACCGAAGUAUGUGGAACAGGAUCUAGUUUACAUUAUGUACCACACUUUCCAGUGUCAGUUUUUAACUAUAAAUAUAACUAUACGUUCUAUAAAAGUGCAUUGUUGUGUGGUGUUAAGACAUUGUUUUUGUCACACACUUAGAGAUAAAUGGCCUCAAUGAAUGACAUCUGCUCAGAAGAGGAAAGUUGUACAAACCAACAUGACAACAUCUUCUCUGUGCUAAAGUUCUGAGGUACGAUAUCAGCUGCGUUAUGUUUAAUGUUGUUUGAAUAUUUUAAAGUGGCAUCUUUGGCUUUGUUAUUAACUUCUUGAAAUUAUAGGAUGUGGAUAUUCAGACAUCGUUCAGAGUGAUUACACUUAUCGAUUGUUCUAUCUCGAGUAGCGGUGUAUGAAAAACAAAAACCCUUCUGAGUAUUUGCCCUCUGACCCCAUGUGCGCAUGUACCAUGUGCUAUUAUUUUAUGUCCAAGGCAAAUAAUGAAACUUUAAGCUCAAAGAUGAUAUAAGCUCGCUGUACUUUUAUAUCAAC